AAUUAACUCCAAGAAUCUACUUAAUCUUCAAGCUCGUCUCUAUCCAUCAUCUCUCAGCACUAGCAACAUCCAACAAGUUACUUGAAUCCGACAACGAUAUCAAGCACUCCUCAACCAAUCAACAGUCCACACCAAGCAUCAAUCACAUCCGAAAUGUCAGGACUCACAUACCUCAUCACCGGCGCGAGCCGAGGAAUCGGCAAAGGUCUCCUCUCUGCCUUCGUUCUCCGACCAAACACCACAGUCAUCGCAGGAGUCCGUGACACCGCUUCCGCCGCCGAAUCUCUGAAGUCCGUCCCCGUGGGCGAAGGCAGCAAGAUCGUAAUCGUCAAGAUCGACUCCUCAGUCGACACUGACGCCGCUGCCGCCGUCGAAGAGCUCAAGUCCAAACACGGCAUCACACACAUCGACGUCUUACUCUCCAACGCUGGACUCCUCGGCAUCGUUGCGCCCGUCCUCGAAACACCCGCCGACCAACUUCGGAAGCACAUCGAAAUAAACACCGUCGCACCUCUCAUCCUCCUGCAAGCCUUCAAGCCUCUUCUCGAUGCCUCUUCUUCGCCAAAGUUUUUCGUGAUCACCAGUAAAAUCGGCACCCUUAGCGACAUGCAAAAUGUUCCCGUCCCGUUCUUCGCGUACGGAGUCUCGAAAGCGGCUGCGAACUACUUCGUGCGUAAAGUAUCGUUUGAGAACCCGAAGCUGAUUUCGAUCGCGUUGAAUCCCGGAUGGGUUCAGACUGAUAUGGGAACUUGGGGUGCGAAGUCGGUGGGGAUGGAUGAGGCGCCAAUGUCGUUGGAGGAUAGUAUCAAGGGUACGGUGAAGAAUAUUGACGAGGCUAGCCUUGAGAAGACGGGAUCCUUUAUUGAGGUUACCGGGGAGCCGAUUCCUUGGUAGAUAGAAUAACUGGUGUAUGAUGCAAGGUUUUGAAAAUCAAGAUUCAAGGUCUAGGUCGGGAAUUUGGGGGGCUGGACUAUGAUGACUUGUGGGGAGGACAGAGCGCGGUAGAUGAGAAGAGGA